AUGUGUUGUCGGCCAGGUCUUCUGGAGGUAUCUCACGGCGGGCUGAUCUUGAAGCGAAUGGGUCACCUGAACGAAUCGUUGGGAGAUGUUCAUAGAAGAGAGAAGACGCAUCAUCCGUGUGAUCAGCCCGGCUCGGAUAGUAAUCUCGUCCACAAUCACAGCGCCAGCAGAUCUUCCAUCCUAGGGAGGAGACAUGGUAGGGUGCAUGAAGGCCACGAGAAGGAGAGAAAGGGCAAGGAGCGCAAGAGCAAAGAGUCCAAAGGCAAGGAGAGAAAGGGCAAGGGCAAGGAGGGCAAGGGCAAGGGCAAGGAGUCCAAAGGCAAGGACAGCAAGCGCAGCAGGUUGGCUGACAAGACCAUGAAUCUGUAA